AUGGCAGAUAAAAAGAAACGUCGUAAAUCUAUUACCUUGGAUAUGAAGCUUAAAAUUAUUAGAGUGUAUGAUGAAGGUGUAAUUCAAGCUGAAAUAGGCCAAAAGCUAGGCUUCACUAGGACCACAGUUAACACAGUCACGAAGAACAGAGAAAAAAUUGUUGCAGAAGUUAACACCACAACAAUUCGAAAAAGGGAUAGCAUUGUUGCAGACAUGGAGAGACUCUUAAUAGAAAAUCAGACAACACGCCAUGUUCCUGUAAACCAGGCAAUUAUACAAAGUAAAGUCUUAAGCCUAUUAAAUGACCUGAAGGCUAAGAAAGGUGAAGCAGCAAAGGAUGCUGAAUUUGUUGCAAGCCGUGGAUGGUUUGAUAGAUUUAAGAAGAGGUCUAAUCUACAUAACAUCAAAGUACAAGGAGAGGCAGCUGCUGCAGAUACUGAGGCUGCAGAAAGCUAUCCAAGUGAUUUUGCAAACAAUAUUGAAGAUGGAGGCUACUCCAUGGAUCAAUUUUUUAAUGUGGAUGAGACUGGUCUAUUCUGGAAGAAGAUGCCUGCAAGAACCUUCAUUGCAAGACAGGAAAAAUCAAUGCCAGGCUACAAGCCAGCUAAAGAUAGAAUAACCCUUCUGUUAGGUGGCAAUGCUUCCGAGCUGAAAGCUUAUUGCAAGGACAAUAAUAUACCUUUCAGCAUUUUGCUGUUUGUUGAUAAUGCCCCUGGACACCCUCGAAUGCUAGAUGAGCUCAACCCUAACAUUAGAGUGGAAUUCCUACCACCAAAUACCACCUCAUUACUGCAGCCCAUGGAUCAAUGUGUCAUAGCUGCCUUCAAGUUAAACUACUUAAAAAGAACAUUCAGUAAAUGUAUUCCAGCAAUAGACAAAGAAGAAGGUGCAGGGCAAGAAGUCCUAUCGAAAUUCUGGAAAAGCUACAACAUCUUGGAUUGCAUUAAAACUGUAAGAGAUGCUUGGAAUGACAUAAAGGGCAUGGCAAGGCAGUUAGAGCUGGACGUAGAGACAGAAGAUGAUGCUGAACUGCUUGCGUCCCAUACUGAGCUCCUCAGCAAUGGAGAUCUUCUAGAACUUGAAGAGGAGAGAGAAGAAGAAAAUGUGCAAAAUGGGGUUGAGACCAUCGACUGA